AUGUUUCAGCCUGUUUCGAAACCUAUUUACGUAACCGAGGCAUUAUCUAGCGCUGAAAAAAGCACAAUAACCAAUAGCUUUUCAAGGCUAUAUUCACAGCAGAUUUUAGUUUGGGCUGCUCAGCAAAAAAACAAAAAACGAAAGCAGUUAAUGACUUUUCUUUCGAUGCAGAGCCAAUCCAAUGCAUCACAAAGCCGUAGAUCACUUCCUACUGCAGUUAAACCCAAUGAUUUGAUUCUGAAAAGUCUUAACUCAUCCAUUAAUUUUAAUUAUUCCUUUAGAGAUAGACCAUGCACAAGAAAAAUUAACGCAGACAGAUUUUCAUCCCAUGGAAUACGUGACCAAGGUAUUUUUGGCUACCCUGAAGAGUAUAAGACCAAGCCAACAAAUCAAUCUUCUUACACUGUCUUCAUUGCUAAGAAAUUGCUUACACCAGAAGCAGCAGCAAAGCUAACUCCAUUUGCUGAUGAUUAUUUCAAGCUCUUGAAAGAAUUACAAGAUUGGACAGAAAGAAAAGCAAACAGUACAACAGCCUCGCUUUAUUCCGAACCAGAAUCAAUCAGACCAACUACUCAAUACGCUGCCUUAAGGUCAAAAGGUGCCGAAGAUCACGUUGCAACAACCAAUGUAAAUUACAAGUCUCAGAAUGUAGAACCUGAGAAAUUAUAUCAUCCACCAACCACUUCUUACUCAGACUUCUUUAAUAGAGAAAAGCAAAUCACAUCAACCAAACCGUUUUAUCCUUUGGAGAGGUCUGUACCAUUUUCAAGAUUUGCUACUUCUUCAAUGGGAAGCAGAAGCUGCGAAACAUUUUCUAUUUCUGAAGAAAAUGAAAUUCCAGAAAAUAUGAAUGCAUCCAAGAGAUUCAGAUCGAUUUUUGAAGCUAAAACGGUUCUCUAA